UGUUGGGGAGCGGUGCUCAAGAAAUCGGUGUCUAUGGGAGGGUAGAGCCGGAGGGCCAGGACAUUUAGAGGGAGAGUGCUGGGAAGGUGUCUGGGGGAGGAAACUCCAAGAAGGCUGCUGAAGGGCGUAAUCCUCAGGGAUUUCGCCAGGGCCUCAGAAGGUGGGAUCAGCCAGGGUAGGUGACAGAAGAAAAUGGAGAAGAGCAGAGUGUGGGGGCGAAAAUAGAGCUGGACAAAGAGCACUUAGGGUGGAAACCAGCGGGGAAAGGGCGACGCCAAGAUUGGCCGGGAGUCCUCCAUCUCAGGGUCAGCCGCAUUCCAGGUACACCUGUUGGGAAGAGGGAAAGGGGCAACUUGUGCCCGAGGAAAGUCCAGUCCUGAGGGGCUGACUCGGAGCCUGGGACUCCGGACAAGCCACUGCCUUCUCUGCACCAGCGGUCAAAGCCCUGCAAGUGAAGGGGCGUGAUCCUGGAGCUCAGGUUUCUUCCUCCUCACCUGGGCAAGGAGGGGUGGGGACAACGACUUCCGGUUCAGGUGAGUGUCCCUUAGGUGACGUCAGGUCACCCUUGGCCGCCCCUUCGGUCCCGCCCCCUGUACUGCGCUCCGGGUGUCCGCGGGACCGCGCCCCCGACGCCCUACAUAUACUCAGAUGCGCCGCACCUGUUGGCCCGCACCUGUCUGCUAACCUCGGAGCAACCUCUUCUGCGCACCGCGACCUCGGGCUGAGAGCCCAGGAUACUCUCUGGUGCUUGCUGCCACCCAAGACUGUGCCCAUACGGCCCUUCUACCUUUUGUUUGGGUAGGGUCAUCGAGAGCGCCGGAGGGAAUCGCCUGGCUUUCAGGGACCUCUUUUGUCUGGAACCACUCCUGCCAACGUAGCCUUUUCCCCAUCGCUCCACCGGGAGGGCCGAUUUCUGUGUAUUAAGGGUGACAAGAAGAUUUGCAGUCACCUGGCCAGAAACUUUUUUGUAUCUUUGGGUGACCUAAAAACUCCAUCCCAAACUGUCUUUUGUGGGGCUGCCCCCUCAAGUUUUGUUUUACUGUAGGGUCGCCCGCCCGGCGCUCCUAGUCUUUAGCUGAGGGCGGAAAUGGCCAAUUCGGGCCUCCAGUUGCUAGGCUUUUCCAUGGCUCUGCUGGGUUGGGUGGGCCUGGUGGCUUGCACUGCCAUCCCGCAGUGGCAGAUGAGCUCGUACGCGGGCGACAACAUCAUCACAGCCCAGGCCAUGUACAAGGGGCUAUGGAUGGACUGCGUCAUGCAGAGCACCGGCAUGAUGAGCUGCAAAAUGUACGACUCGGUGCUCGCCCUGUCUGCGGCCCUCCAGGCCACUCGAGCCCUAAUGGUGGUAUCCCUGGUGCUGGGCUUCCUGGCCAUGUUUGUGGCCACAAUGGGCAUGAAGUGCACGCGCUGUGGGGGUGACGACAAAGUGAAGAAGGCCCGUAUAGCCAUGGGUGGAGGAAUCAUUUUCAUCGUGGCAGGUCUUGCUGCCUUGGUAGCUUGCUCCUGGUAUGGCCAUCAGAUAGUGACAGACUUUUAUAACCCCUUAAUCCCCACAAAUAUUAAGUACGAGUUUGGCCCUGCCAUCUUUAUUGGCUGGGCAGGAUCUGCUCUGGUCCUCCUAGGAGGUGCACUGCUCUCUUGCUCCUGUCCUCGGAGUGAGAGCAAAGCUGGGUACCGUGCACCCCGCUCCUACCCUAAGCCCAACUCUGCCAAGGAGUAUGUGUGAGCUGGGACCCCGUUGCCCCAGCCUCACAGGCUGUGGAUGUGCCCAGAUGCCUGAAAGGACCUGGGGCAGUGCUCAGCCCGUAGGCAGGGUGUGGGAUGAGGCCUCCAGGUCAUUCCAUCCCUGCACACCAUGUACAGUUCUCUAGGGGAUUGGGUGGGGGAGACAAGAGAGGGGAGGAUGUGCUUUUUGUACAGUAAUAAAAAAUAAGUUUUGGAAAGCAGGUUUUUUUCCCCUUCAGGGCCUCUGUUUUCCUCUUCAGAUCAUUGCAGGGAGUGUACCUAAAGUACAACUGCUUUAGUUAAAAAAAGUUAAUAAAGCACCAGUGGGGUGCAAGUCUGUU